UCCCAGGUCAGUGGGGCAUUUCUUUUACAGGAAGCAGGGGCCAAAAGAAAGAACUGGCUGUGAGGAAGCGGGAUGGACCGGUGGAGGUGGCAGUGAUCUCACUGCAGAUCAGGAAGCCAGCCUAUUUUCAGGAACCGUGAAUAAGAAGGGAUUGUAUGCUGGCUCAGGUGGAGGCUGGGUCAAAGUUUAGGGGGCUGGAGGAAGGAGAGAAGCUUAACAAGUUUGGUCAAGUCAAGGUAGCCGGUAUUUUGUACAAUCAGUUGAGCUAAUCACGUAUGAGGCCAAAAGAAUGGGAAUUUGAAGGGUCUGCCAUAGGUAAACAAGGGAGCAUCCAGGAGUCACAUCUAAAUCACACGGGGAAGGUGGUCCUUUGCUGUAACCUUUUCAGAAUCCCAAAGGAGUGGAAGGAUUUCUUUAAAACCCUUGCUUUCCAGAAUCUCAGGGUUCAGGUUCAAGUUCAAUAUUUUUAUAUUCACAGGGUUCAAGUUCAACAUUUGUCAGCAUGCAGGGAAAUCUCUCCACGGAUUCCAUCAAAGUCUGAAGAAGUGCAGCGGGAUGGAGACGCCGGGUUCUCAGGUGAACCCACAAUUAGCUCCGGGCUUUUUCCGAGCACAGUGCAGUGGCACCCAGCAGCCGGGCGGCGGCAGGAAGCAGGUGGCGGCGGUGUGGUCCGGAACGCCGAGGCCAGACGCGGCCGCGACCGCCGCCGCCUGCCCCGCCCCCACGCGCGCUCUCGGGGAUGCGCAGAGCCCGCCAGGGCGCGCGCCGCGGCGCUCGGCGGCGGUCGCGGAGGGAGGCGGGCUGGGUCCCAGAGGCGCGGCCCCGGAUCCGCAUAGGGCCCGCGGGCCCCGGUGCUGCGCAGCUGAGGAGCUCCAGUCCGGCGACGGCUGCUCGCGCUGCCCUAGAGAGAAUUGUGGACGAGGCCGGGAGGAGACAGCAGGCGCGGCCCCCUCCAGCGGCCACGCCCGGAGCAAGGCAGAAGAGAAUGAAAGAAGUAGAUAAUCUUGAAAGUAUAAAAGAAGAAUGGGGUUGUGAAACAGGAUCCGACAGCCAGCCUGCUAGUGAGAACCGACAAACAACUUGUGAAUCUUUUGUUGACAGCCUUUUUGAGGAGGCUCAGAAGGUUGGUGCCAAACGCUUGUCUCCCAGCGAGCAGAAGAAGCCGGUAGAUGUAAGUAUAAAAUUAUGGAAAAAUGGAUUCACGGUCAAUGACGCUUUCCGAAGCUAUUCAGAUGGUGCAAGUCAGCAGUUUCUGAACUCCAUCAAAAAAGGGGAACUGCCUUCAGAGUUGGAGGGGACUUUCGAUAAAGAGGAGGUGGACGUGAAAGUCGAGGAUAAGAAACACGAAGUGUGUGUGUCCACGAAGCCCGUGUUCCAGCCCUUCUCGGGGCGAGGCCACCGCCUGGGGAGUGCCACACCAAAAAUUAUUUCUAAAGCAAAAAGUAUUGAAGUUGAGAAGAAAAAUAAUUUGUCUCUUGUCCCACUAAACCACCAGGAACCCAUCACUAGUGUACAGAUCUGGCUAGCCAGCGGGAAAAGGAUUGUUCAGAAAUUUAACAUGUCUCAUAGGAUAAGCCACAUCAAAGACUUCAUUGAAAAGUACCAAGGAUCUCCGAGAAGCCCUCCCUUUUCCCUGGCGACUGCUCUUCCUUUCCUCAGAUCUCUAGAUGAGACACUCACGCUGGAAGAAGCCCGUUUACAGAAUGCUGUCAUCAUUCAGAGACUCCAGAAAACCACCGAACCUUUCAGAGAACUCUCAUAACAUUGAUUUUUGAAACACUUUAAGUGGAAAGUUUGCAGAGAAAUGACAGUGAUACGUGGACCUGCAAACCAGAAUGGGGCAGAGUUGGGUUUGCUGGACUGUGGGUUCGAGUCCCGUUUCUUUCCUUCCGGAUGAGAAGAUUUUCAAGUAAGUGCAAGUGAGGAGAGUAAACUGUGGCUGGAAACCAUAUUCAGGGCACUGUCUUCCGAAGGCUACUCAGAAAAAUAUACUUAUUUUUAAAUACCAGUGACCAACGUAAGAUAUCUGAAAAGACUGUGUCAUUUAGUAUCUUAAUGUGGUACAGAUCAGCAGAUGUGUUCACAGUAUCAUCCAUUUAAAGAUCAUCCCCGAACAGCAGUGAUUUAUUUAAGUGUUAGCUGUCUCCAAAUUUUUACAUGGCCGUACAUUAGAAGUCACACAUGGCGGGUGGAAAGCAUCCGUGUGGUUACGUCACACCUGAGACGCAGUCAGAAGGCUGGAAGGUGUCGCUCUCACUGCACCUGUGCCUGAGCCUCGGCAUGUUCUCGUUCGAAUUCUCUGAUGGUAAGAUGUUCACCUGACAAUCGUACCCAAGAUGUUUUUUCAUGUAAGAAUAAAAAUCUGUAGCUUAGUAAAAAUGUCAGUAUUGAUCCGCCUACUCACAUUUCUACAUUCUUGAGAAAUGUAAUUUUUUAAAAAUCCUUUUUCUCUCCAAGAACCCCAGUUUAUCCCCUAUUUUAUUUUCCUUCAAAAACGAGAGGCUUGUUCUUAGCUUCCAUGUGGAGUAAGUCAUUUGUUUGAGCUACUUAGAACCUAAUGUGGUGUUGUCACAUUGCUAGUUAGUAUUUUUAAAUUCAUCAUGUACUGUGUAGUUUUUCUGUUCUGUACAUUAGAGUCAACCUGUGUAUGCAUCAGAGGGUCAUUUAUUACAUUUUGAUAUCACCAGGGAAAACACCCUUUUUUCUUAGACUUUAAAACUGGCUAGACUUCCACUAUUUCACUGUUGGAUUAAAUUCCCUUGCCCCAAAGCUAAGUUUAGGAAGCUUUUUUGCAAACGAUGUGUCAAAUCACAUUUAAGGUGAAGAAUCCCUUUAGUGCGCCAAGGAACUAAGCAGCCGCUGCUGCGCCGGUCAGCAGCGGUGGUCACAGGGCGCCGGGUCUCUGCCGGGGAGAGGAAUUCUCAAACGUUUUGGUCCCAAGACCUUUUGUGGGUGUGGGUUAUAAAUAUAUUAAAAAUUGUUAUCAAAUAUUUAUUCCUUUAAAAGUAAUAAAUGUGUUAAUAUAAACAUUAUUAUGAAAAAAGUCUAUUUUCCAAAAACAAAACUAAAAAGAUUUAGCGAGAAAAGUGGCAUUGUAUUCUGUUUUUGCAAAUGUCUUUCCUGUCUGAUGUAAAGAAGACAGAUGGACUCCUGUGUCUGCUUCUGCGUUGAGUCUGUUCCGAGAUCACACAUCGCGUGGCCUCCAGGAAGCGCUACUGUACGUUCAUGAGAAGAUGAGCAAACAAAUAACGUCUUAGUGUGACUGUGAAAAUAGCUCUGACCUUGUGGACCCCUGAAAGAGCCAUUCUCACAGAGCAGUGAUUCUCAGGCCCUAGCGUAAGAAUCGCUUGGGAAGCUGUUCAAAAUGCCUAUUCCCGCUUCUCACCGCGGACACUCUGACUCAUCGGAUCUGGGACGAAUCCCAGACCUCUGCAUUUUUCAUCUCCUUUGAUUCUUCGGUACGGAGUGGAGGAAUGGGCCUCCAGGAAACCCUGCACGAAAGCCUCCCCACCCCCCUAAGAAAACAACGCCCUGUGUCACCACGGACCCUGGAAGACCCGCCCCCCCCUGAAAUGGGGCUGCCCGUCCUCCAGGUUUUAUCUUCGUCCGCCAGUUUGUUCUUAGACCCGUUCCCCUUUGACUCUGAACUAAUCAUGGUGUAAACCUAUACUUUAUCUUCUAAAAGCACAGAUGAGACAAGGCUGGAACAUUUACAUGAGCUUUUUCUUAAAGGCUCAGGGGUAACAGAAGGGCUGUGCUCACACAGAACUAGAGGACCUGCUCCGUAAGACACAUCUUCUGUGUGAGGUCCACCUGAAGAGUGCUUUCUUUCUAGCUCCCAGCCUUCGGGACGGCAGAGGCCUAUCUUUUUAUUAGGAAGAGAAGGAGGAUAAAGGAAAGCCUUUUCCUUUUGUUACUUACUCUCAGAAAUGAACAGGCACGUAAUUGAAAAAUAUUACCAGUGACAUUUACAUUUGUGGUAGAGCCAUCUCUCCAAUAAAACAAAAAUAAUGACAUUUUUAAAAAUAAUGAGGGGACAGUAAAAUCCAUGAACUUCUCUUUCAUUUAAAGUAACAUUAAGAUGAUUAUUAAUAUAUUUCCAAGAGUAUGUAAAAGAAAUGUUUCAUAUAGGCCUAUCGUGAAGCGUUUUAUAAUUUCUACUUGCAUGAUUGUAGUCAUUGUGUGAUUCUCCAUAUAUUUCUGUAAAGGGUCCUCUCAUGGGAAAUGUUUGCCUUACACCUAUAGGAAAGCCUCUUUCUUGGGGUUCCAGUUUAUGAUUAUGUAGCCAGAAGACACAUGGGAGGUUCGCCCGUGCGUCCAUGUAGAAUACCCCCCAGUGAGAAGUUCAGUAGGGAAAGACCUGCCACCAGCAAUAGCCUUCAUCUUUGUUACCUGCAGAAACGUUCGUUGAUGUGAAUACUAUCCUCAGAGGUUUUCUAAAAUUAGAAUCAUCGGAUGAAGCUUUUUACCUGAAAUCAGUUGCCCAUUGUAAAGUUGUUCAUUAAAUGUAUCGAAUAUUCAAAACAUGUUGAUUUUAGAAAACAUAAACUGAAUUUAAUCAAGGGAAAGCAAAAUGGAAAAUAAACACCUUAGGUGUGAAAUAUAAUUUGAACUAAGUAGUUUAAAAUGGUUUUCAGUUUCUUGAAAAUCACUGUUAGGGCCGAUACAUAAACAUACAUUUCUAAUUUUGAGAUUCUCAUGUAUUAGUUAAAUUACUAUGUAUAAUCCAGGUUAUAAAAGUGAUCUUAGUUAUUUUAUAUACUUCUGUCAUUCAGAAUACUUUUUACUACAUUUCAUUGUGCUGAAAAUAUGGUAUUUAUGCAUCUAUUUUAGUGCCUUAAAAUACUUUGAAAGCAAUCCUUUAGUAAUGGUUAAAGAACUGUUGUCUUAAGGGUGAAAUACUGUUUAUUAAAGGAUCUGUGAAAUAAUUUAUACUUGUUUGGUCUAAAAUAGUUACAUGCAGGUGCAUUUGUCAUUUUUAUUUGGCAAACUCGUUCAGUUUGAGAAUCUACAAAUAUUUAUUGGGUGCCUUCUGUUUGCCAGGUAUUUUGACCAAUGUUACUUUUGCUUAAUACUCAGAGAUGUUAGAAUGUGAUAUUUUUAAUACUAACUCGGUGGUUGUGUUUAUUUUUUACACCACCCUUUGUGACCUGAGUUGAACUAGCGUGAAGACUCCAUGGUAGGGUUUACUCAUGUGUUCUUUGUCUAAGUGCAAACCAUUUAAUUAAAAAAUUGUUCAUCAAAGUAAAUAUUCCAACAGCAGUGCUUUAUUCAAUAGACUCGUAUUUGACUGUUUGCUUUAAAUGUAUUUUUGCACAGGUAAUUCAUACACAUUGUAGAAAAUUAUAAAAUGCAGAUAUGCUUAAAUGAUCUUUAAAUCACUUAUUAUUCCACCACUCAAGAUAACCACAGACAACAUUUUGAUGUGCAUCCUUUCAGAUAUUUUUAAGUAUAUCAAUCUUUAGUUUUGUUUUAAUUAAAAAACAGACUUUUCGGUUAUUAUACUGCUAAUUUUUGAAAUCUAACAUACUUGUUUUUAACAGGAAAUUGCAUUAGGUACAUGCCACUACUUUAAGUACAAGAAUAGCUGUUAGGAACAAAUGCCCUUUAUAUUAAUUACAUUUUUGUGCAACAGAAAGAAGGAGGGAUUUUUUUUUUUACCCAGUUCAAAAUGAAAAUUGUAGUAUGAUGUACAACCAAGUCCAAAUACUGGGAAUGAAGUGUUGCCAGACCUGCUGAAAAUGCAUAUAAAACGUUUUCAUUAAAAGCAUAUUAUGUGUCUAAACAGUUUAUGUUUAAUUUUCAAGAAAUUAAAUAUUUAGCACAUUCAUGAACUCAUUAUGCUUCCACUGCUGACAGGGCUGCAGUCAAGGGAACGGAAGGUACUCAUUUCGUAUAUUAAAGAAUUGAAGGCUAUUUCACGAUAUAUACAAAUAUGGAAUCAGGUUGUACACCUGAAACUAAUAUAAUGUUAAUUGUCAGUUGUACCUCAAUUUUAAAAAAGAACUGAAGUGUAGGAAAUAGAAGGAAUGACUUGCACUAGACUAAGUAGCGGACACUGGAGGCUCCCAGACUCCUGUGUCGUUGACCUGCCAGUCUCGGCGUGUAACAGCUCGAGGUCUCACGAUCACAUCGGCAUUUCACCCAGUAGGAAGAAGCACACUCCUGCCCUUUACAAACAGACAGGCAGGCAGACAGACAAAAAAGACACCUCACUGGGAUGUGAUGCACAUACCUUACGACUCACCCGAUCAGAGUGUUCAGUGUAUUCACAGGAUUGUGCAGCCAUCACUCAGUCUAAUGUUAGGACAUGUUCAUUGCUUCUACAAGAAGCUCCCCACCCAUGAACAGUCAUUCUCCACCCCCAGUUCUAGGCAACCGCAAAUCUGUAAUCUAUUCCUGCACUGACCUAUUCUGGACAUUUCAGGUCAGUGGAAUCACACACCACGUGGUCUUCUGUGACGAGUGUCUUUCCUUUUUAUUCAUUUAUUUUUAAAAAGCGUUAUAUUGAUUCUAGAGAGAGGGAAGAGGGGGGAGAAAGCGGUAGAGCACCAUGGGUCCAUGGCCUCCUGCACAAGCCUGGACCGCCCCCCCCCACGCCCCCGUGCCCCCCCAGGCUCAGAGCUCACAACCCAGGCAUGUGCCCUGACUGGGAAUUGAAUACUCCAACUUCCGGUUUGUGGGACAAUACCUAACCACCUGAGCCACAUCAGCCAGGGCUGGUGUCCUUUCGCUUAAUGUUUUCAGGCUUUAUCCAUGUACUUUUGCUGCUGCAUAGUAGUCGUCGUAUGGAAACACCUACCACCCUUGCUCAUCUACCCCUGAUGGACAGCUGCGUCAUUUCCACAUUCUGGCUGCUGUAAAAAAUGUUGCUGUGGACGUUCUUGUGUGAACAUGUUUUCAUUUCUCUGGAUUAUAUACUUAGAAUGGUAUUGCUGGGUCAUAUGCUAAUUGCACAGUUAACCUUUGAAGAACUGCCAGUUUCCCCAAGUGCCUGCCCUACUUCCCACUCCCACCAGCAGCAACGUCGGAUUUCUGCACAUCCUCCCCAACACUUGUCUGUCUUUCCGAGAAGAGCCGUCCACCUGGAGUGGUAGCCUGAAGUUUUACAUUUACCUAAUGACACGAGCGUCUUUUUGUGUCUACAAUUUGGAGAAAUAUCAAAAUCCUUCGCUCAUUCCUAAAUUGGGUUAUUUGUCUUGUUACUGAAUUGGAAGAGCUAUUUAUAUGGUCCAAUACAAGUCCUUAUGAUUUGCAAAUA